GGCUAUGAUCCCAUUGCUGGGCCCGGCUCGUCCUGCUCGGCAGCCAACGCGUCCGGCCAAUGCGUCGUGCCCUGGGGCCGCGGCCAUAAGAGCGUAACGAGCGUCGUGCUGGUAGCGAACGGCGUUAGCUUCGCGAUUAUGACGUUGAUCUUCACGACUAUCGGGAGUGCGGCUGACUACGGAACUUUUGGGCGCUGGCUGCUUCUUGCGGUCACGGUCGUCUGUUGGGGCGCACAGUUUGGAAGCAUGGCUUUGACCAAACCGUCUCGUUGGGGGGCUGCGAUGGCCUUAUAUAUGAUCGGAUUCAUCUCAUACGGCGCGACACUGGUCUUUUAUGCAGCGCUGUUCCCUCGCCUGGCCAGAAACACGGCCCACGCAAGCGAAAUCAGAACCCAAUACGAAGCUGAGAAGAUAUCGAAGGAAGAGUACGAGAAAGAGGAGAGCUUGGAGAAGAAUCUCAUCAGCAACAUCAGCACCGCUCACAGCAAUAUCGGAUACAUUGCUACCCUCUGUCUGAAUCUGUCUAUCUUGCUCCCUUUGAGCUCUAACGCACUCGUCGACAACUACACGAUCGUCUUAACUAAUAUGUAUUGGGUCCUUACCGGUGUCUGGUGGUUCAUCUUUCAGGAACCGCGUCCCGGCCCUCCGCUGCCGAAAGGAGAACACUACAUCACGAUCGGCUGGAAACAGAUCUGGGCAGCAUGCAAACAGUACAAACAGCUUCCGUACACUUUCAUCUACUUGUUCGCGUUCUUCCUCCUGGCCGAUGGCCUCAACACGACCGGAACCCUAGUUUCGAUAUGCCAAAACGACAAGUUCUCCUUUAGCUUCUUGCAGAACACGUAUCUGGGCCUGUCGCAAG